AUGUUAUCAACCCUCAUCAGUCCCAUACGAUACUGGGAUACUGGAGCAUCAUCAGCUGACAAUUCAAACAAGAGACGUAAACAGCAGAGAAGAUGGAUGAAAGGUACCAGCAGUUUGGAGGUGAAAGAGAAUCAGGAUGAUAAAAGUCAGGUGGACUGUGACCUACUACGAAAGUUUCAUCCAUCAACUUUUUGCACAACUUUUCCCAAACACAGACCAAGAGCUCUGAAGAGGAAUCAGCCUUUGGUGGAUGGAAAAGAACGGCUGCUCUACCAAAGCCACUUGCCUUGUAAAAGAGCAGCCUGGGCUGUCACUCAGAAAAACGCGCUGGUGCAGCUGAACGAGUUACGACCCGGUCUGCGGUAUGAGAUUGUUUCAAAGACUGGCCCACUGCAUGCUCCAGUGUUUUCUGUAGGUGUGGAGGUAAAUGGUUUCCACUUUGAGGGCCGAGGACCAACAAAAAAGCAGGCCAAGAUGAGGGCUGCAGAACUGGCUCUCCGGUCAUUCAUUCAGUUCCCCAACGCCUCCCAGGCUCACACCACCAUGGGGAACUUCACCAGAACUCCUAUGGAUUUUACAGCGGAUAAACUAGACAUCCCCGACGCAUUCCUCAAGGAGUGUGAGCCAUCACUCCGUGAAAACUGUGACCUCCUGCACUGCAACACAGCGAGAAACGAGGUUUUCUCCAGCGUUUACAACCACAGACGACUUGUUCGACUCACACUAGACCUGGUCUCAAAAAGAUGUGCACUUAGCACCUCAAUUUUAGAGCACCUUAGUCCAGUGGUGCUGCUCAAUGAGCUGCGACCAGGACUCAGGUACCUGUGCCUGACAGAGAGAGUUCAUGGCAGGCCAAUGAGGAGUUUUGUUAUGGUGGUACGGGUGGAGGGGAAGGUGUUUGAAGGGUGUGGUCACAGCAAAAGACUGGCCAAGGCCCAGGCAGCAGCGGCCGCCCUACAGUCUAUUUACAACAUAAGUCUGGGACCGGAGAGAAAGAUUAUGGGCCUCCAGGGCAGCAGGGCCAAAAAUCAGCUACCUCAGUUCUUCGCAGAGUCGAUGUUCCACCUUGUGAGAGAGAAAUACACAGAGCUGACACACAGUUGCUUCUCUACCUUGCAUGUCCGUCACAAGGUCCUGGCAGGGAUCUUAAUGACCAGAGGAUUUGACCUCAGAUCAGCCCAGGUUGUGUCUCUGGGCACAGGGACUAAGUGUCUGGACUUGGAAAACAUGAGUGACCACGGCAGUACGCUCAGCGACUGCCAUGCCGAAGUCAUCAGCCGAAGGGCGCUAGUUCAAUUCCUGUAUGCUCAGCUGGAGCUGCUGCUCUGUAAACCAGCAGACUGUGAGGAACAAUCCAUCUUCAUACCAAAUAAAAACGGCGGCCUCCGGCUGCGGGACGGCGUCCUCUUCCACAUGUACGUCAGCUCGUCGCCAUGUGGAGACGCUCGUCUCAACUGCCCCUACGAGACCACGGCUGCAUCCCAUCUGCUUCAAGAUCCCAGCAGGAGGUUCCGCUGUCACCUCAGGGUGAAGGUGGACGGAGGCGAGGGGACGCUGCCUGUCACAGCACGAAGAGCCAAUCAGAAAUGGGACAGUGUGGCACCAGGCAAACCUCUUGUCACCAUGUCAUGCACCGACAAGAUGGCAAAGUGGAGCAUUGUGGGCCUCCAGGGGGCACUCCUGUCUCACCUGGUGGAGCCGGUUUACCUGCACAGCCUGACGGUGGGAACGCUCAGCCACACAGGUCACCUGGGCAGAGCCAUGGCACGCCGCCUCGCAUCCGUCAAGCACCUGCCCUCCCCAUACCGACGGCAGCAGCUGUUGCUUGGCUGUCUGAGCAGCAGCGAGGUUCGGCCAGCAGGGAAGGCGCCGAACGUCAGUGUGAACUGGAGCCACGGUGACGGAGGCCUGGAGGAGAUCAGCACCUCCACAGGAAGGAGGAAGGACUCAGGGACGCCGUCACGGCUCUGCAGGCGCUCCAUCUUUGCCCGCUGGCAGAGGCUGCAGCAGCAGUUGAAUGGUGCAGAAGCCACCCCAGGGACAUAUUCUGCUUCCAAGAUGACUGCUGGAUGCUACCAAAGGGUGAUGCAGCAGUUUACAGGCGCUCUGCAGGGCGGAGGGCUUGGAAUUUGGCUCAGAAAACCUCCAGAACUGGGUCACUUCAACAUCAAUGUGUGAAAAUCUGUUUUAAAUUCUGAAUAUUGACGGUUAAAGUGAAGGUCAUGUAUGCUUUUCUUUGUGAGUGCGUGAGUGAGGAACAAAGAUUGUCACUCUAGACAGAGAAGAAGAUUGGGAAUUUCACUUCUGUUUAUCUUAAAUGAGGAAUUAUUAACUGUGUGAAAAUGGCAUCAUUGGAGCGACUCGGGACAGACAAGUAAAGAAUUCUCCAUUAUGCAAAUUAGCAAAGAAUAUUUAAAAAAAGUCAAUCAACUUUAGACAAAAGCUGGAGUAGACGUCAUAGUGCAUAACAUUAGCUGAAGUAGCCUAAACUUCCGCUCUGGAAGCUAAUGCUAGCUCAUCUGGCUAGAUCAAACCUGAACAACAAUGUUGCUGUAAGCACUUAGCUAGCUAGCUAGCUCACUUGACUAACGGUGAAGACAUUUUCUAUAAGUUUAACUAAGCAAUAUACAGCAACUGAGUAAUAAGUAAAUAACUGCACACUUAGAGCUGGAUGUGUAAAUGUGGAACAUGUGGAAUAAUUCAGUGUUACUGUCAUAUCGUACAGAAUGUAAUUAUAAGCAGCCAUGUAUGUUAGCCUUGUAAUAUUUGUCUGUUAUCUCCCACCUGUGAAAACAACUAUCCUACAGUAAGUAUCAACGAGCUGCCGGCAAAAUGGCUGCAAAAAUCCAAGUUAUAUCUAAAACACAACUGAUUUGGAUAAUUAAAAGGGGAACCACA